AUGCCAGGCUUUCCUAACCCAACGCCAACACCAAUCCCAGGAAUAAAAGGCUGGCACCCCGGUGAAACCGCCAUCCAAACCAAGCUCGGCUUCUCGACCGCUGUCUCCUCAAAAUGGACCGCCGUCGAGCCCCAGCUCCGGGAGCAGCACCGAAUCUUCCACACUUCUAACCUCUCUUUCAUUCCAAUGACCGUUAUUGAUAAGGACGGCCGGCCGUGGGCAGGGAUCGCGGCUGGGCGGGACGGGAGGGUUGGAUUUGUACGCGGGCCGGAUUUGAAGACGCUGGUCUUUGGGGUCAGGGUCUGGAAGGGGGAGCCGUUGGGGUGUGUGCUUAGGGACUUGACUAGUAGCACUACUAACUCGGGGAAUGGGGUUGAGAUGGAGAAGCGGGAGAGAGCGUUGACGGCGGGACUGGGAAUCGAGUUUAGUACGCGGCGGAGGAAUAAGUUUGCGGGGAUUAUUAGGGAUGUGGUUCCUAACUCUGACGAGGCUGGAGGGAAGGAGGGGCUGGAUUAUGUGCUUGAGGUGGAUGUUAAUGAGGCUGUAGGGAACUGCCCCAAGUACAUCAACACCCGCCACCUCGAUCCACACCCGCGAACAAACCCCCAGCUCGCAUAUCAAGUCCAGCUUAUGGCCCCUGGCGAGCGCCUCCCCGACGACGUAGUCCAAAUGAUCACCACCGCUGAUACGGUCUUCAUCGGCUCAAUUUACAAAUCCACCCCUGCCACUGCCACAGAAUUCCCGUCGCACGCCGGAAUGAAUGCGCGCGGGGGGCUCCCAGGCUUUAUACGCGUGCGACCAAGCGACGGCCGCAGUGUCGUUAUCCCAGACUACUCAGGGAAUCGAUUCAUGUCGAGUCUAGGAAAUAUUGAGGCUAGUGGGCUAGCGGGCUUUACGAUCGUUUCGUUCACGACGGGCGAUGUUCUCUACCUCACUGGAAGAGCGAAGGUCCUUAUUGGGCCCCCAGCGAUGGAGAUCAUGAGUCGGCAUGCUAGUAUCACUGUUCUAGAGACCACAGGAUAUACGCUUGUCCGAGACGCACUUCCCGUCCGGCAACGGCCGGGGUCGGACGUUGGAAGGAGUCCGUAUAGUCCGAAGGUGAAGUACCUGGUUGAAGAGGCUGAGGCGCAGUCAGGGUCUUCCAACAACCAUAAGGCAGAGCUUGAGAGCGCAGUGCAGCUCUCGGACGACCUUGCCGUCUUCAAGUUCAAGGUCUUGUCCAAAGACAGUGGCAGUCCGUUGAGAAUCCGACCUGGACAGGCUAUCGUGUUGGACUUCAUGGACUGGCUGGGUCCGCCUGAGUACCAGCAUAUGGCAGGCUCUGCACCGGGCUCAAUCAACGAUGACCGUGUCCGGACCUGGACUGUUUCGAGUGCGCACGAAAAUCAAAACACGACGUGCUUUGAGCUGACGAUGCGAGAGAUGAAGGGUGGUGCGGUGACGGGUGCUUUGUUUGAUAUUUUAAGGAGAAAACCAGCUAGCGCUUGGGGAAGGCCAAUUCCAAUCAGCGACGCCGUUAUAUCGGAUAUUGUCGGUGUAUCCGGGGACUUCUGUCUGACGGAUGAUAAAAUCAACGUACUGUGGGUGGCCGGCGGCAUUGGGAUAACUCCUUUCUUAGCUAUGCUGGAUGCGUUGGCUGCCCGUGGACGGGGACAUAGUGGGGAUAUUCAGUUUGCGCUCGCGACGAGAGAACCUGCUAUAAUGCUUGAUUUAAUGGGGAGAUCUCUAAAGAACAUUCCGACGACGAUCCGAAUCAACAUUGAUAUAUUCACGCGCUGUCAAAUACACCUCGACACCGAAGAAUUCAAUACGGAGAGCACACGGAUAUCAAUACACGAAGGCCGGAUCGGGCCAGGGUACUGGAAGACUGUGUCGAUGGAUAAAGACGUCUUAAUCUGUGGGCCAGACGGGUUUGGGAACUCAGCCGUGGAGAACCUGAGAGCUGUUGGCGUGCCGAAUGAGAAAAUUCAUAGAGAAGGGUUUUAUUAA